UUGAAAUCAUUUGCCCCGUUGAAACCACAAAUAAAUACAAAGAUUAACCUCAUAUUGUAUUAUUGUUCUUUUCUACUCUUAAUUUGCCUCUUCUUCGUCUCCAUUGCUUGACUACUUGAAGCAAUUUUCGACGACUUUUAAAUCCCAAAAGCUUUUAAGAAUUUAAAGCAUGUCUGACCACGAGACUCCUAUGGUUAAUGGAGUAGUAGAACACAAGAUCGGUGAGGAGGUACUUCCGUUUGUGGAGGAUGAGUACGGGGGAGUGAUCGUGGAGAUGACAACUCCUACGGAUCCCAAGUGCUUCGUUGCAACGCUUAGAUAUUCGUUCACGCAGUGGCGAUCACAGGGUAAAAAAGGAGUCUGGUUAAAUUUGCCUCUCUCACAAGUUAACCUCGUGGAACCUGCAGUUAAGGAAGGUUUCCGGUACCAUCACGCUGAGCCAACUUACCUGAUGCUAGUUUACUGGAUUCCUGAAUCUGAGAGUACUAUUCCUCUGAAUGCUUCUCAUCGUGUUCGUGUUGGUGCUGUCGUUUUAAACCAUAACAAAGAGAUUCUUGUAGUGCAGGAAAAAUAUGGUCUGUUACGCGGAUCAGGUGUAUGGAAGAUCCCAACAGGUGUAGUUGACGAGGGAGAGGAUAUUUUUGCAGCAGCCAUUAGAGAAGUAAAAGAAGAAACAGGCAUCGACACAGAGUUCUUGGAGGUUCUAGCUUUCUGUCAAACCCACGAGUCAUUUUUUGUCAAAUCAGAUUUAUUCUUCAUUUGUCUGUUGCGUCCUACCUCAUUUGAUAUCCAAAAGCAGGACUUAGAGAUUGAAGCAGCUCAAGUAAUUAAAUGGAUGCCAUUCGAGGACUCUGCCUCCCAACCUAUCACACACAAGAACGAACUCUUCAAAGUGAUUCAUCGCAUUUGCUCAUUGAAAAUGGAGAAGAACUACACCGGGUUUUCCAAAAAGCCCACAACAACUUUCUUCGACGACAAGUUUGAUUUUCUUCAAUCCCCAAGCAAUUCUGGAAAUUUUGAGCUUCAUGAAUCAGAGAAAAUUAGGUGUAUGAACUAAGGGACCUUGAGUAUGUCAACUGAUCUCCUAUAUAAAAAAGCAAAAGAGAAUAUGUAAUGAUGUUUAAUCAGCAAGGAAGAAGAAGAUCACGUGCUACUAAAAACUUUUUUCAGUUCUUUUCUAUAAACCCAACUGAGCAAUUGUUAGCGGCCCAAUUAAAUAAUUAAACUGUACUAAUAGUUUUUCAUACAUUUAUUAAUAUGUUAAUGUCAUUUGCAUGUAUUAUUCUUAUAAUGGAAUAUUAUAUCAUUUAAAUUACAGUAAAAUUGGUUCAAUAGUUUUAUUUUUGAUCUUUUAUUUAUAAAUAUAUGAAAAUACAAGUAUAUGAAAAUACAUCAAUUCAUUCAUAAAUUAUUAUCCGAAAACUCUUUAAUUUAUUUCUGAUUAUUUCGUAACUCGCUAGGCGUAGAUUUACCAUCUAAUUCACACCUAGGGCAAUUUCGAAUACAAUGUAAAUAUUUUACCCAUAACUAUAAUAUUAUAUUCACUGGUUUUUAUUUUAAGGAGUAUGAGAUAAUUUAGUUUAUUAGGAGAAAAUAAUGUGAAAGAAAAUCAAAUAUUACCUUAACUGAUUUUGAAUAUUGUUUGGAGAAGCUAUUAGUUCAAACUUCUAACAAUCUCAGUGCACUCAUACGUUUUCUCUUCUGUUACGUUUCAUUGAAAGAAAUCAGUUCUGCUUCCAGAUCACGAUGUUUUGAAAUCGUCUAUUAUUGAAACUACAGAUUACAACUAUUCUAUAUGGAUCACGAAGUGAAGCGAAGGACAUGCACAGAUAAUUUAAAACAUAAAUUGGUUUGAUAGGAAUCUGAAUUGGAUAACAAUCUCAGAGGAGGAGAUAGAAAGGAAAAAUUAUUGGUUGGAUAAGAAUCUCGAGAAUUUGUCUAAAGGGAGCAUGUUUCGUUUAGCCGAAAUUUUUUUAACUCUUUUCAACUCAAUAUUGAAGAUGAAACAAGUUUGUUGAUACUGUCGACAAAUGAGUUAGAUAAAAUAGAGUCACUAUUUAUUUAUUUUUGACAUAGAUAAAACCAGACCAUUAGUUUUUUAGCUUAUCAUCUUAUUAUUUCUUCUGAACCUAAUUAAUUUCGCACAAAUCAUGGUCUAUAUCAAUGUAUAGUCCCACAAUGUGAUACUAAAAUAUAAUUCAUAACUCAAAGCUUCCGAAAAUGUAUGCAAAUUUAAUUAUAUACCUAAAAGUCUCAUCCUGCGCAAGGCGCAGGUAUUUACCUAGUUGUAGAAGAUAUAUUGAAUGUACAGUGAUUGUGGUUCCAAAAAGUAGAAGAACCAGUAGCGGCCCUGACACCAAGCGAUGGAAGCUUGGGCUUCCGGCCAACGGUAGAAUAUAUAAUUAUCGGCCUUAUUUUGUAUAUUAUUUGCGUAUAGCAUAAUGGUUAAGGCGUUUGUUUGUUUUUUAGAGGUAACGAUUUCGAACCUUACAUCCUCCAAAUUUUAAUAUACUUUUUUCAGACA